CUUUCGCGAAACCUCACCAACAACCGCCCGCCGCCCGCCUGAACCUCAAAUGUCGCUGCAGUGAAAGUGGUGCGCAUUACUAACAAGUUCAAGUUAUAGAUUUCCUGACCCGCCAGUGCUAACAUGGCGCCGCUCGGUCCGCCUCCGUACACGGCCGAACAGCUCCAAGCGAUGACCUCACAGGAGGAACGUAUUCGCGCCCAGGCAGAGCUCACCAGCUAUAUCACGCGCGCCAAGAGAGAGAAACAAGAGAGGGAAGAGCGCGAGAGGCUCCAGUCGAACGCUUAUACUGGCUCUGGUUACCGCACCACCUCCGGCAGCUUCAACCACUACGCCCCUCCCUCCAUUCCUUCCUACGCCCCCGUCCAUAACCCCGUCUUCAACCCCGUCUAUACUCCCGUCUCUAAUCCCUCCUACAACCCUCCGUACAGCAAGUACAACCAGCGCGGUGGCUAUGGUAAAGGUAGAGGCCGAGGUGCCGGAGGCAGAGGCAGAGGGUAUACUCCCUACCACCCAUACACGCGUUCUCUCAAUGCAUCUAUGUAUACUGGUUUCGCUACCGAUUCCAAUGGCACAAGUAUUGUCACCCAACCACGCGAGGCCAACGAGAACAAAGACCUAGCGCACGCAUCCGCGGACAGCACUAGGUCCUCAUCCAGCGAUCACCAGUCGACUGAACCAUCAAGACUUUGUGCCAACUUCACACAUACAGGUCGGUGUUCCAUUCCGGGAUGUCCAUUUCGGCAUGAUCCGGAUACACAAACCGUAUGCAAGUCGUUUCUCUUCAAGGGUGCUUGCCCCGACAGCAACUGUCAACUGUCUCAUACUGCAUCGUCGCACAACACGCCUACGUGCCAGCAUUUCCAAGCAGGCCGAUGCACCAAAGAAGACUGCCGUUUUGCUCAUGUUCGUGUCAAUCCAUCCGCACCGAACUGCGAAGCUUUUGGACGCUUGGGCUACUGCGAGAAAGGAGAUACGUGUGCUGAGUUGCAUGCAUUUGAGUGUCCCACCUUCGCCAACACAGGAGAGUGUUCCUACACUGGUAGGUUUCACUAUCCACACGUUCGUCUCGCCUCUCGCAUGAGGAAGAUCACUCGUCUGUCUUCUCCAGCCCAGUCCCCGCCUAAUUCCCCGGUUCGUUCUCCGGUGCGUUCUCCGGCUCAUUCUCCUUCAUCACACACCCCUGCUACUUCGGACGCUCCAGAGGAUGAUAUGGAUACUGCCGAGGAUGCUCAUGAAUGGAUGAUGCCCAAGACUGGAACUUCUCCGAAGCCACAGCAGUUCACACAGCAGGCAGACUUCGUUGCCUUUGAGAACGACGACGAGUAAACAUGGCCUGCCCAUUGGAUUAGUGAUGCCCGGACAUUUUUCGACCUUGUGGUUUUCUGACCCGGUAGGUUUUCUCUGGAACACUUCCAGUUUGUCUUGACUCUUGAAGGUCCAGAGCUAUUCAUGGCGUUCAGGGUUCUUUCGAUGAUACCCCCUCUUACGAUUUCCUACCUUUCUUGUCUUUUCAUUGUUUCCAAUCGAGAAAAAAAUUCUCGUUCCUGCUGUAAGCGUAUCACACGACCCAAUGCGACGUUGUACGCUCGGCGGAUUUUACACAUAGGCUCGCGAAGUCGCUGUCGGCUUGCUGAUGGAUACAGUCGUCCCAUGAAGGACAUGUACUUGAAAAGAGAACAUAAGAAGAAACAUGUAACAAAAAAAAGAAAAAUUUAGAAUAGACC